UCAGGUCUGGAAGUGACACAAGCUACCUGUUUUGAGAACAACGUUUUAAGAUAUAAUUGUAACGACCUAUUUGAGCUGAUAUACGUUUACAAGUGUGUGAGGAUACAGAUGUAAACACCAGGUACAUUUAUGUGAGCAUUCAAAGAAAUGGCGGAAUACAUAACAGACCAUUGGAAACAAGUAUUUAGAAAGUUACUCGAAGAAGCAGAAACCAAUGCACCAACUACCAAUCAGGACCCAACAUUGCCUAAAGAACCCGAGCAAGCUGGGAACGCUAGUGAAACAGAAAUUCUUAUUGUGAUAGUUAUUUUGUGCAUUUUUAGCGUUGUUGGCACCCUUGGAAAUGGCUUGGUUCUUUACGUUUUUACACGUACCCCAGCCAAGAUGGCAUCCACUAUUUUCAUUCUUGCACUUGCCGGUACUGAUUUUGUGACAUGCCUUGUGAUCAUACCGUAUACUGUCACUGCAAUCCGGUUAGAGUAUAACUUGCAGUUUGACAUCCUUUGUAAAACAUACCAAUUUCUUAUAACAUGUACCGUGCCGUUGUCUGCUUUUAUUAUGGUUGCCAUAGCAGUGGAUCGCUAUAUAUGUAUUUGUCAUCCAUUUGCACAUGUUAUGACCGUCAGAAGAGCUAAAAUCAUUGUCGGAAUACUGACACUGUUUGCCACAGUUUUAGGUCUGAUUACUGCCCUUGGGUAUAGUGUCUAUCAAAUGGAAAGACUGAACAGUACAUCAACGAUUCCACCCCAAUAUGAAAUUAUCAAUGGAACAUCAAACGAAUCAAUAACUGAAACAUUCAAUUUUCAACAAGACCAUAAAUACCACAUCCGUGAUGAUGACGAAGCUGACAAACCCAUAAGGAUGCAUAAAGUUUAUAUUGGUCUCUGUGACCAGUCAAAAGUGUUGUACUCUGCUAACUUUAUAAGUGUAUAUCAAAAGAUCUAUUCAGCAUUCUAUUUAUGCUCGCUAAUGAUUGUCUUGAUACUAUAUGGCCUUAUCUACAGUUCUGUUACGAAACAGAGAGCAAAACGCAGGGCGCAGAAAAUGGGCGGCCGCGUAAAACAGGUGAACACGCACUGUCAGACAGACGAGUGUACCAUUCCCUUAACAAAUGUGAAAUCGAAAAGUAAAGUAAAUUCAAACCACAAUAAUAUAAGUCUAAAAGUUGAGAUGGAUGGUGAAACGACAACAACAAGACUAAUGCCUGACGAACAAACCAAUGGUGUAAAAGACGCAGAGAAUAAAAUUGUCAAGAACUCGUCAAUAAGGAAACCUGGUGCACAAGACCAUACCAAAGAUAGAAAGGACCAUGACAGAUUAGCAAAUAUAAAGACAGCUGUUAUGCUUUUCAUUGUGACAAUCGUUUUUAUUGUAGCCUUCUUGCCUGCAUGGCUAAUGGCUCAUCGAUGGAUAACAUUUUACAAUGUAAUAUUUUACAUGUACUUUGUGUAUAAUGUGGCAAAUCCAGUCAUUUACGCCUUUAUGAACCAAAUGUUCCGUGACAAUAUGUGCAAAAUAUUUAAUAGCUGUAGAAAUGUCGCAACCAGACCAUAGCUCACGAGUUGAGACUUAGACUUGGUGAAAAUUAGAUAAAAGACACACAAAAGGUCAAUAAUGAUGAAAUUGAUGUGGUACAGACUGUUUAAGGGUUAAUUAUAUAUGUACUAAAUGCAAAAAGAAUUAUAGAAUAAUUGAUACAAGAGAAGUGAGUAACAAUUUGUUACAUAGUAUACUGGUGAUAUUUAAUUAGUAUUAGAAAGGCAAAAAUACAUCUACUAGAUACGGCCUGAUACUUGCUUCAGAAUUAAAUGAUCCCAGUACAUUAUUACAUUUAUUAACAUCACAACACUAUCAACGUCAUUGAGUUGUUUAAACAGAAAAUUGAAGAUGUAGAUCUUUAAAUUUAUUCUGGUGUCUGUUCUUGUUCAGAAAAGCCUAAACAAUCGGAAAAUUUUAGGAGAUGAAAUAGAAAAUAAAACAACAUACAAUAGUAAUACAGUUUCAACUGAAGUUUGUUUAUGUGUAGAAAGAAUCUUAGUUAUGCACACUAUGUAUACAUGCACACCGCAAAUGAAGUAUUAAAGCAAACUUCAUACAACAAAAGCAGACCGUAAGCUUUUGAAUAAAAUAAAUAAGUAAAUUACACUUUAACUGCUUCGCAUUGUGUUGAAUGCUAUGAGACGAAACUUGAUGUGUUAGUAGUUGAUGUUUGGUGUGAUGUACAGAGACAAAAAAACUUUUCAUAUGACGAACAAAAUAGGAAGAAAGCAUAUGAAUGUUCCUGAAUGGUUUCAUUGUUAAAACACUAUUUUUAUGUUGGGGACGUAUAGAAUAUAUUGAAAUGUUUUUUUUUCUUCUGCAAAAUAGUUUGUUAAGGCAAAAUAUAGUAUGUUGGUUUUUGAAAGAAAAAUCACAUGUGCACCAUUGUUGGAUAAUAUCGUUCAUGAAUAUAAUAGAAUGCAUAUGUGUACAUGUGUAUGUCAUAUGUUUCUGAUAUGCUUAUAUGUGCAUUUAACAAAAAAACUGCUGUUUUAUAUAUAAAACACAAUUGGUAUUUUUUUUGAUCCUAUGUUUUUUGGUGUAACGAUUAAAAUUGUUUAAUAUCAUAAAGUUAGCGUUGCCUGAUGUGACGUCAUUAGCAAGUAUGUAUGUAUGUAUUACAUAAUGUAUGCAUGCAUAU